AUUAUCACAGCAGAGUGUUGACCAAUGAGGAAAGCAGACGCCUGGAGGUCAACAGCUUCUGAAAAAUAUCUAUUGAUCAUCUGCACCCCAAAGUGGGGCACUCAGCUCAAACUCGUCUGACUGUAGUUCAGUGGUAUAAACAGGCAGAAAAGUGCCCAGUUCUCUUCUGAAUUAAAAUUCCACAUUUUUAGAUUGUUAUUUAAAAAGUGAAAUAUUUUCUGUGAGUCGACAUGAAGCCAGCAGUAGUUCUGCUGGGCCUCAUCCUCCUGCUGGACACCGCCUUCGCUGCAGAAGAGUCCUGUGUGGGUCGCUGUGGCGCCUUCGACCCGCAGAAGAAAUGUCAGUGUGACUCCAUAUGUGUGUACUAUGGAAGCUGCUGUGGGGACUUUGACGCCAUGUGCCCUAAAAAAAUUGCUCGUGGUGACACCUUCGAGGAAACAGAGGAAGUAACAGAAGCAGUGACGCCUCCUAACGAGAGCGCUACAACUCUCACACCAACUUUAAACACAGUUGCAGCGACCAUCCCUGCCUCUCCUCCACCCACCACACCACCUGUAGACACUGACACAGCGCCAUGCAGUGGUCGACCUUUUGAUGCUUUUCUGCAGCUGAAAAAUGGGUCGAUCUAUGCGUUUAGAGGUGAUUAUUUUUUCGAGUUGGAUGACAAGUCCAUACUUCCUGGUUACCCCAAACUCAUCCAGGAUGUGUGGGGAAUCUCUGGGCCCAUUGACGCUGCAUUCACACGCAUCAACUGCCAGGGAAAAUCCUACAUCUUUAAGGGGAACAAGUACUGGAGGUUUGAUGGUGAUGUCUUGGAUGAGGACUAUCCGCGGGACAUUUCAGUCGGCUUUGAUGGCAUACCAGCUGACAUUGAUGCUGCGUUUGCCAUACCAGCACCAAGUCACCGUGGCAAAGAGAGAGCCUACUUUUUCAAAGGGGAAAAGUAUUACCAGUAUGAGUUCAAGCACCAGCCUUCCCACGAGGAGUGUGUCCGCAUGAGCAGGUCCUCCCCGUCUUUGCUGUUCACACGAUACACUGACCUCUACUGCGAUCAGACAUGGGAGGAUUUCUUCAAAGAGCUCUUCGGAAGCUCCUUCAACAUUCAGAACCUGGGCCCUCGUUUCACCAGUCGGGACUGGCAGGGCAUCAGGGCCCCUGUAGAUGCUGCCAUGGUGGGACGAGUCUACCUCACUCCCAACCCCACGCCAUCUUCUCCUCCGCCAGCGAGGAGGCGAAGCAGUCGCAGGAGGAGGCCCAGCAAGAAGCAUGGACAGCGAAGAAGGCAGAGUCGCCACGUGUUGUUUGAUGAUUUGUGGGGUUAUGAUGAUUUGUAUGACUACAGCGACUACAGCAACAUCUUUGAUGAGAGCACCACACAGGAGUACAAAAGCACUCCUGUUCAAAAUGUGUAUUUUUUCAAGACAGAUAAAUACUACAAAGUGGAUCUGCAGACAAAACGUGUGAACUUCGCCAACCCUCCUUACCCACGAUCCAUUGCGAAAUACUGGCUGGGCUGCAAGCAUGAAGAGACACCUAAUGCAUCAAGGGCAGAGAAGAGAUAGGCCUGCCGACUGAGUUUGGAGGAAAAAGAGAAAAAUCCACUCUGUUUUAAACACAUCUCUUCAUGACAAGGAUUAAAGUAAUUACAAACAUGAACUUAUAAUAGCUUCUGUUAUUUUUGUUGUUAAAGCAUUUUGUUCUUGAUAAAUACCCCCUCUAAUGUAAGCUAAUAGGCUGAAAUUCUGCAUACAUUUAAUAAACUUGAGAUUUCA